AUGGAUUCUGCCCAUGAGGAAUCGAAGCGUCCUUUGAUGUCGGUGGACUUGGAACUGACGUCGUCAACGGAAAGGCACAAGUGUAUUUCCAACAGGCGCACUGUAUUUAUCCUUCUAUUGGGUGGGCUGUUAGGAGUAGCCAUAUCUCAGACGGUGCUCCUGUCGUUCAGAACCCGAUGGAACGAGCAGACGUGCACAAGACUACUCUCCGGGUAUUCCCCGGCUCUGUCGGCAUUGGAGUAUACCGAGUACGAGUGGCAAAAUGACUUUGACCACCAAGAUGUGUACAGAGGCAAACCCACGGUCGAAAAGGAUGCGGCCUGGGCAGCACUGUGGGAGAUGGGAGACAUUGUCAUCAAAUUAUCCGAACUCCCGCUCAUGAACAAGUCCGACGACCAUAGCCGUCGACUCUAUCGUCCGGAGCUUGGGGGCAUAGCCGCCAACCUCGAGGCAUUUCACCAGCUCCAUUGUUUGGACAUGAUCCGACGAUACACGUACCGAAACGAAUACAACAACGAAACGAUCCCGGCCGAUAUCCGACACGUCGGAGAAACGGACCUCCGCGAUCAUGUCGACCACUGCAUCACGACGCUGCGGCUCGCCAUCAUGUGCACUGGCGACGUGACUCCGAUCCUCAUGGAGAGGGACCCCGACAACGUAAUGAAUGUGUUUCCCGAUAUGCGGACGCCCCACAAGUGCCGGCGCUUCGACAAGAUCCAGGAGUGGUUCCGGGAGAAGUCAUACACGGAUUGGGAUUGCAUACAGCGAGGGGGAGUCGGCUGUGACAUAAUACCAAGCCAAUUCAGGCGUCCUGGCGGAAAAAUGAGCAAGGUGCCAAGCAGAUAG